UGCCUGGUUUGUUUGAAAUCUCCUUCAACUCGAUGCCCAGUGCACAAAUAACACUUUAUUUUCUGAGAGAGUCAGAGUGCAGGAUAUCCUCCUGUUUUUCUUAUUUUAAUGCACCUUUAAAAAAAAUCUGUGAUGUCACACCAUGGUUCUUCCUGCCCAUCUCAUCAGAAGAAUAUCAAGAAUAACCUCCUCUGUGAAGGAUAUGAGGGUUCAGAGGAUGAAGGCAGGAGGCUGAAGAGGAGAGAGAAGAACAGAGUUGCAGCCCAGAAGAGUCGGAAGAGACAAAUACAGAGAGCUGACCUUCUGCAUGAGGCCUGUGAGCUGCUGGAGCAGAAGAACAGGAAGCUGAGAAGAGAGGUGGAUUCUCUGUCUGAGGAGCAGCGUCUGCUGUCCGAGACACUCAGGGCCCAUGAGCCAUUUUGUCCCGUCAUGCACUGCUCCUUUGCCUCAUGCACCUCGUCCAGCCUGCAGCCUGACACUAUGGCAGCCCGCGCUGUCUGAGGCAAUGAUGUGUCUGACCACAGUGAACAGUGCAGGUCUCCUCUGAAGUUACUUUUUGUGUAAUGCCCCAUCAAACUACUAGAAGGCGCUGUUCACCGAGUUCAGGGAUAAAGUGGUGACUCAACAGGUGUAAUGUGCUACGGGAUUUAUAAUCAGAGGAAGGCGCGCCCUCUGGUGGUUUAAGGUAUUUCAGCAGUUCAUGCCCAUAAUAUAGUUAGAGACUUUGUCACACUAUACAUUUAAUUCCCACUAUACAAAUGAUUUGACUCAAUUUUCAGCUCGCAGAUGAGAAAAAAUGAAACAUUCAGUUCAACUUGUUGUAUGCAAGUCUGGUUUUACAGAAUGACUUCUUUCAUUAAGUCAUUUAUUAUAGUUUUUCUCUGUUGUAUGAGUGCAUGACUUUUACUGAUGUCACAUCUGUAGAAGAAAAAAAAAAAAAAAAAAGCAAAUACAUAUUUUAGCUAUGCUUUUCAAAAACAAACUGACUAACUAACAAAAAAAUUAAAAGGAAAGACUUGUAGAUGUAGAUUUUUGUGUUUUUUUCCAGCAAUGUGGGAGGUAAAUGCCCAGUUAGUGAGAGAUUUGUUGGAAAUGGUAUUUUCAUUGAAUAGGUAUUUAAUAGUGUUGAAAAUAGACAUGAAAGACCACAAAUAUGUGAGUAUGCGAAUUCAGUGUGAACAUCUCCUUUGCAGUAAAUGUUGUAUGUGCUGUCUUUAUGUUCAAUGAAGUUAAAAAAAAAAGUUAGUGUGAUGUGUUAAUCUGAGGAGUAAAAUCUUUGACAUUCUGUUAACAUAAUAAAACCAUACAAUCAC